AUCUAAAGCCAUCUAAAAGCGCCCUGUAGUACCAAUAGGACCGCUAAAAGCAUCAAGUGCUCGGGCGACGGGCUCAAAACUUUUUCGUGAGGAUGACUGCGAUACGUCCAUGGCUGGCUCUGCUGGCUGUAGGGGUUUGUAUAAGAUUUACAUGCGGAGCACCAUCUUGGUACAUAUCAAAUAACCACGAAGAUGAAAAUACGAAUCUUUCUAAUGGACAACAUCCAACAAGUCUGAUUGAAAAACGUGCUGAUAGUGCUCAAGAAGAUCAAAACCGCUUGGACAAUGACAGUGUAUUGAAUGAAAAGAGUGAUUACAAAGCAGAAUAUGACACUAAGCGAAUAUCCAGCGAAAAGAAAAACUUAGCACAGGUCAAUGCAUACAAAGAAGAAAGUGGUUCGGCCGGUGGUAGCGAUGAAGAUGAAUCCGAUAGCGAAAACGGUUCUGACGAGGAUAGUGCGUCCGAGGAAGAGAGUGGUUCAGCCGGCGGCAGCGAUGAAGAUGAAUCCAAUAGCGAAAACGGUUCUGACGAGGAGAGUGGAUCCAAAGAAGAGAGUGGUUCGAGCGGCGGGAGCGAUGAAGAUAAAUCCAAUAGCGGAAACGGUUCUGACGAGGAGAAUGGAUCUGAAAAAGGGAGUGGUUCGAACGGCAAGAGCGAUGAAGAUAGAUCCAAUAGCGAAAACGGUUCUGACGAGGAGAGUGGAUCCCAAGAAGAGAGCAGUUCGAAUGGCGGCAGCAAUGAAGAUGAAUCCAAUAAUGAAAACAGUUCUGGCAAUGAGAGUGGAUCUGACGAGGAGAGUGGUUCAAAUGGCGGCAGCAAUGAAGGUAAAUCCAAUAGCGGAAACGGUUCUGACGAGGAGAGUGGAUCUGAAGAAGAGAGUGGUUCGAACGGCGGGAGCAAUGAAGGUAAAUCCAAUAGCGGAAACGGUUCUGACGAAAAGAGUGGAUCCCAAGAAGAGAGUGGUUCAACCGGCGGCAGCAAUGAAGAUGAAUCCAAUAGCGGAAACGGUUCUAAUGAGGAAAGUGGAUCUGAAGAAGGAAGUGGCUCGACCGGCGGCAGCGAUGAAGAUGAAUCCGACAGCGAAAACAGUUCUGACGAGGAGAGUGGAUCCGAAGAAGCGAGUGGUUCGAGCGGCGGGAGCGAUGAAGAUAAAUCCAAUAGCGGAAACGGUUCUGACGAGGAGAGUGGAUCUGAAAAAGGGAGUGGUUCGAACGGCAGGAGCGAUGAAGAUAGAUCCAAUAGCGAAAACGGUUCUGACGAGGAGAGUGGAUCCCAAGAAGAGAGCAGUUCGAAUGGUGGCAGCAAUGAAGAUGAAUCCAAUAGUGAAAACGGUUCUGAUGAGGAGAGUGCAUCCGAAAAAGAGAGUGGUUCAAAUGGCGGCAGCAAUGAAGAUGAAUCCAAUAGUGAAAACGGUUCUGAUGAGGAGAGUGCAUCCGAAAAAGAGAGUGGUUCGAGCGGCGGGAGCGAUGAAGAUAAAUCCAAUAGCGGAAACGGUUCUGACGAGGAGAGUGGAUCUGAAGAAGGGAGUGUUUCGAACGGCGGGAGCGAUGAAGGUAAAUCCAAUAGCGGAAACGGUUCUGACGAGGAGAGUGGAUCUGAAGAAGGGAGUGGUUCGAACGGCGGGAGCAAUGAAGGUAAAUCCAAUAGCGGAAACGGUUCUGACGAAAAGAGUGGAUCCCAAGAAGAGAGUGGUUCGACCGGCGGCAGCAAUGAAGAUGAAUCCAAUAGCGGAAACGGUUCUAACGAGGAAAGUGGAUCUGAAGAAGGAAGUGGUUCGACCGGCGGCAGCGAUGAAGAUGAAUCCGACAGCGAAAACAGUUCUGACGAGGAGAGUGGAUCCGAAGAAGCGAGUGGUUCGACUGGCGGCAGCGAUGAAGAUGGAUCCAGUAGCGAAAACGGUUCUCACGAGAAGAGUGGAUCUGAAGAAGCGAGUGGUUCGAACGGCAGCAGUGAUGAAGAGGAGAGUAACGACAAAUAAUUGUCUUAGGAAUGCAACAUCUUCUUCUUGUUAAGAAACCGCGAAUAGAUUAACAGCACUUGUGUAUGCGUCCUCUAUGCGUGUGUGUUUUUUAAUCUUUUUGUGCACUGCUUUACCAAAAAAUAAAGUUAAAGUAGACAGUACGCAAACAGAUCAUAGUUUAUAGAAAAAGUAGUGUGAGAAAUAUGCACCAAGAAGAAAAGAAACUCAAUAAAUUAGUUACUUUGUUUUUUUAUUGUUGCUGGUUUCAAAAUUGCUAGAAAUAUGCGGCAGAACCGGAGUCGUCUAAACAAAUUACUUAUUUUUGUGCCAAUCGUUAGGCACUUUUUUUUUUCGAGGAGCCGAAGCUAUCCUUCAUAUCAGAAGGAAGCUGCUUCCUGUUACUUUCCAUGAGCUUUUUUUGCCACAAGUCCUUGUUUUUAUAGCCAAUCAGUGGUAUUCAGCAUAGCCAUCACUUACAGCCGGAUAUUAAAACGAUAAUAAAACUUUACAUCUACAACCACGUGAACC